CUGACAGAGAUACAGACAAGAUGUGCCUCAGAGGCAGCGCCUGCUAGAAACUCUCCAUCAACACAUGCUCUUUGGAGAAUGUUAACAUUCAAAAAUACUUGCCUGAGAUGACCCACGAUGGACCUUCAAACUUAACCGACCUGUGGGAAAUAGCAUGAUGUAUUCAUCCAGCCCAGUACAGGACCAGCCACCCCAGAACAUAUCAGAGCCUUAUUUGUCCAGAGACAAGACACAGCAGGUGUUUAAGCUGAAUGCCCCAGCCUUGGCUCAUCCACCAAAAAGGAUCCAAGAAAACAGGGGAGACUGAGCUGGCAGGGUCCUGCAGAGAAGGAGGCAACGUGUGGAUUAAGAACAUCAUAAGAGGAGACAUUUGGGCUGGAAGCAGUUGAACCAGAAACCUGGGGCGCAGACUAAAUCUGUGAGAAAGUAAAGGCUUUGCUGUAACAACCAAACACAGAUCGGCACCACCUUCACCUCAGCAACGUCACCAUCAUGGCAUCAGAGCUCCUCCAGGCCACUGGGGGCAGAAUGGAGCAGAUGGAACAGCAGAUGAGGCAGAUGUCAGAGAUGCAGAUGUCCUCCUCAUCCUCCUUCUCCAGCUCUUCCACCUUUAGCUCCUCCACAAGCUCCACCAAGCUGCGUAAAGUAUCCCAGGGCUUGUCAAGGACCACGGAAGAGCAUGCUGGGGCUCAGCGUAAGACCUCAGCUGUGGUGGAGUCCUUCAGCCAGGUACAGAAAUCCCCCCAGAUCCCCAAGGGAGAGUCUGUCCCAGAUUUCGAGGAGAAGCUGCGCCCCAUCACUGCCCAAGAGGGUGACAAUGCAGUGUUCAAGGCCAAGGUGAUGGGGAGUCCCCAACCCAGUGUUUCCUGGGAACGAGCCAGCGGGUGCCCAAUGUCUGAUGCUACUAAAUCUUUCCAUGACAACAUCAACAAUCAGCAUAUACUCAAGAUCAAAAACUUGGCCUUGGAGGAUGCUGACGUCUACAAGUGCAUUGCUUCCAAUAAGCACGGAGAUGCCACUUACUCAAUAUCUCUCAUCGUUACAGAGAAUCCAGCGUUGGACUUCAAAAAGAUGCUGAAGAAACGCAGUGUGGAGAAAAGAGAGGAGAAGAAGCCACCUACAGAGGAGGAGAUGUUAAAGAUCCUGGCUGGAGCUGACAAGAAGGACUACGAGAGGAUCUGUGCCGAGUACGGCUUCACCGACUUCAGAGGCAUUCUUAAGAAGCUGAAGGAGAUGAAGAAGAAAGUGGAGGUGGAGAUGGUUCGUGUGUUGAAGCCCCUGGAGGACAUCACUGCCAAAGCUGACACCAACGUUGUCUUCGAAACAAUCCUGGAACUGAAGGAUCCAAACAUCAGGAUGCAAUGGUUUCUGGGCGCGGAGCUGUUGCGGAUCCAGUACUCUCAUGGGAAAUAUGAAGUGAAACAGAUGGGAACCAAGCACAUGCUGUGCAUCUCUAGCGUGAGCCUCAGUGACAUGGGCACCUAUACGCUGCAGGUUGGAGACAAGAGACUGUCAGCCAGGCUUAACGUCAAAGAUGAACCUCUGACGUUCCUGUCUGACUUCAAGCCGAAAAAAGUGACAGAGCGCCAGACUGCCGUGUUUGAGGUCCGUCUCUCCAAGAAGACGGACGCACCCCUCAUCUGGAAGGUAAAGGGAAAGGAAGUUAAAAGAGAUGAAAAGUUUGAUGUGUCCUUGUCUGAGGAUGGUCUGACCUAUACCUUGAAGAUUAAGGAUGUGAAAGUCAGUGACACUGGAGACUACACCAUCAGCAUCGGAGACCUCACUGCCACCGUGCCGCUUUUCAUUGAACGGAUUCCCAUCAAGUUUACCAGCCACUUGAAAAACGUCCGCGUGCAGGAGAGAGGCAAGGCCCGUCUGGAGUGUGAGAUGAGCUCAAAGGACGUGCACGUUCGCUGGCUGAAGGAUGGGUGUGAUAUCACGGCGAGCCGUCGCUACAUCUUCAUGCGUGAGGGGAGGAGGGCAGAGGUUAUCAUCGAGGACUGUGAGCUGACAGACGAGGGAGUGUACUCUGCCGUCUGCACUCAGGACAACGACACACACGAAUAUGUCACGUCUGCCAAUCUAACCGUGGAAGAGCGCUUUGCCUCAGUGAAGAGUGGUAUGUCAGACGCACAGUGUCCUACAGGCUCCCCUGCAGAGCUGUGUGUUGUUCUCGAUGAUGAGAAGGUGGAUGGAGUGUGGCUGAAGGAUGGGGUGGAGAUUUCAGAGCUGGGUAGGAUUCAGGUGCUCAAACAGGGAGCCGUCCACAAGCUCAUCUUCUCUGGUGUGACUGACGCCCAUGAGGGCAAGUACACCUUCAGAGCCAAGGGAGCUGAGAGUGAGGCUGUGCUCACUAUUGCAGACCCUCCAGAGAUUGAUUCCUCUGUGUUGGACUUGGUGGGGGCCCAACCUGUGACUGUGAAGGCAGGUCAGACAGCCACCAUAAAGAUCCCCUUCAAAGGCAAACCACUUCCCAAGGUCACCUGGUACAAAGAUGGUGUGGAGGUCACGGAGGAUGAGAGAACCAAGGUGGAGAGGACGGCUGACAGCACCUCCCUGGUGCUCAGCAGAUGUGUGCGAGAAGACAGCGGUGCGAUUAUGGUCCGUCUGAAGAGUGACUGUGGCACUGCUGUCGCCAACCUGCAUCUGAACGUGAUCGACCAUCCAAAGCCUCCCCAAGGCAAAGUAGAGUUCCUCGAGCUAUCAGGAAAGUGUAUCAAGAUGAAGUGGAAGGCUCCCCGGGACAACGGGGGCAAGCAGGUCACUAGCUUUGUGAUCGAGCGACGCGUGGCAGGUAAGAAGACCUGGAACAGGGCUGGCGAGGUGGAAAGCAGUGCCACCGUCUUCAGCGAUGACAAAGUGGAGGAGGGCCAGGCGUACCAGUAUCGCAUCAGAGCUGCCAACGCCGAGGGAAUGAGUGAACCUCUUGAGACAGAGGAGGUGCGUGCUGGAGAACCCAUAGAGCCUCCGGGCACAGCAUCCCAGCCCCAAGUGUCUAAUGUAACUAAGAACACCAUGACAGUGAGUUGGACACCUCCAGCCCAUGAUGGAGGAGCCGCAGUUCUGGGCUACAUUCUGGAGCGGAGGAAGAAAAGCAGCAAUAUGUGGUUGCAGGUCAAUAAGGAGCUGCUCACAGAUUCAAAAUUCACUGUGGAUGGGCUGGUUGAUGAUGUGGAGUAUGAAUUCAGAGUGACCAGUGUAAACAGGGCCGGAGCAGGCAGUCCCAGCACCGUUUCUAACGCGGUGCUGGCCAAAGACCCAAUACGUGCUCCUGGCCUGGUGAGGAACCUGUGUGUGUCUGAUUCCACAAACUCCUCUAUUUCUCUGAGGUGGACGCCUCCAGAGCAGGGAGAUGAUCCCUCUGGGUACGUCCUAGAGGUGCGCUCAGAAGAUGCUAAAGAGUGGAUGAAAGCCACUAAGAUCCCCAUUGCUGGUACCGCCUUCACCAUGGGAGGACUUCAGGAGCGGAUGAAGUACCACUUCCGAAUCCGGGCCGUCAAUGAAGGAGGGGUGGGGGAGACCAUUGAGCUGUCGGAGGGUGUAUUGGCCAUGCCUCCACCUGUGGCACCCAGGUUCGAUCUCCAGGGAAAGUUGAAGAACCAGAAGGUGGUCCGAGCUGGAACGUCACUUUGCCUUCACCUCAGCUUCACUGCCUCACCCCCCCCAGUGGUAACCUGGUUGAAGGAUGGCAUCCUCACCACAGGAAAGGAAGUCAUCACCAAGAACAAUUACAGCUCCCAGUUCCUAAUUUCCUCCUCUCAGCGAUCUGACUCUGGUAUCUACCGUGCCCACCUGAAGAACGACUAUGGAGAGGCUCACUAUGAUGUUAAUGUGAGGGUUACAGACUUUCCUCGACCCCCAAAGAACCUACGCCUGGAAGAGGAGGUCCCGGGCACAGUGACCCUGCAGUGGGAUCACUCUCCAGACCUAGCUGACAACGAUGAGGGAGCACAUUAUGUCAUCCUCAAACGAGACACCAGCACUGCCUCCUGGUUCACUGUGGCCGAGCGGGUGUUCAGCAGCAAGUACACUGUCACUGGACUGCUUCCUGGGAGGAAAUACUACUUCAGGGUCAUUGCGCAAAACUCUAUUGGGGACAGCGAUCCCCUGGACUCGAAGGAACCUCUCAUCAUCGCCAAGGAGAAAGAGUGCAUCAGCAGCCUUCGUUUGAAAGAGUACGCCACACCACCACGUCAGGUGAAGCCUACUUUCCUGCUGCCACUGAAGGACCACGCUGUUCGCAGAGGACAUGACUGCACCAUGAGCUGUGCCUAUCAGGGCAUGCCACCUCCACAGGCCUGCUGGUAUAAAGGAGGAUCAAAGAUCUCUGACUCCCCUCGGUUCUGGCACAGCACAGCCAACGGAGUGUGCACCCUGGUCAUCCCCACCUGUGAAGCCAAAGAUGGUGGAGAAUACACACUGGUGCUGGAAAACCCUCUGGGGAUGUCCAGGUGCUCCUGCAAGCUGGUGAUCUUUGAUAAGGAUGACAAGAGCCUGUUGGAGAGCCUGACCAACCAGGCAAACAAAGAGAAGCUUAUUUUGUAAGAAGUCUGCUCGAACUGUUGCCAGGACAGACGCACCUUGAUUGGCCACCGACUUUAUGCUGCAUGUAUUGUUGCCACUCACUAUCGUUUGACAGUUUUGGAACAACACAUAAAUGAUGAUUGACUUGAAUUCCAGAUUUUUAAUUGUUAAAAUUAUGUUUUUUUUUUUUUUUUAAAGCUUUCUGUCACCUUUACUAAUUCCCCCGGCUCUGGUAAUGCAUCAAGUGACCACUAGAGGUCAGACCUGCUCCCAUCCUUGUGUAGGCCUUCUGCUGACAGGAGCAGAGGUUUGGUGUGUUUUGGUGGUGGGGGUGGGGGUGGGUGGGUUACUCAUUGGUCAGCUUGGUCAACCAGUGAGAUUGUCCUUUCCCUCUGGAGUCACAGCUGUUUUUCUCUGAAUAAAAGAAUU